UAUUAUGCAGAGUCCCACGGUGUCAUUUACAUUAUUGACUCAACAGAUGAGGAAAGACUUUCAGAAUCCAAGCGAGCUUUUGAAAAGAUGGUAACCAAUGAAAUUCUGGAAGGGGUCCCUUUGUUGGUUCUCGCUAACAAACAAGAUAUAGAGAACUGCCUGUCGAUCCCCGAUAUCAAGACAGCCUUCAGUGACUGCAUCAACAAAAUUGGGAAGAGGGACUGCUUGACCCAAGGUUGCUCUGCGCUCACCGGCAAAGGAGUAAAUGAAGGGAUCGAGUGGAUGGUGAAGUGCGUGGUGAGGAAUAUCCACCGUCCCCCAAGGCAGAAGGACAUCACAUAGAAAGCCACCAAGGAUCUCAGCGCCAGACACUUUUGUCCUGCACAGAGACCCUUUUCCUCUUUCUCUUCCCCAUUUUUUCUCCUUCCCUCUGUCUCUCAAGAAGAUUCUCGGAACCCCUGUAUUAAAGGCACUCUUGUCCUCUCUUGGUGUCUUGCAAGAGUCCUCAUCCACAGAGAAGAAUUGGGACAGGAUCCUUUCUUUCAUGAUCUCCCUCCCUCCUGAGCACAGAGAGGGAUGGAGCAAUUGAUGUUCCAAAAAUGCACAGGACACAUACCUUUGGCAGAGCUAUAAACCUGUGGGGUUGAAGACUCUGGGGACAGCUUAUCAAGUGGAGACGAGGUGUUGGAAUAUUGGAAAUUCCAUGUUCCGGUUGUCUUCUGGGAUGUUCCACAAUCUGACGUUGCACUUGUGUGGAAAAGGAGCAAUUGAAAGUGGGGGAACGGACUCUUCUUUUACAGCAAAUGUACAGUUCACAAAUGCUGCAGUUGGAGAGGGAGAGAGCGCUGCCAGAACACUCCGUCCCGCUUUUUCCACUCAGUUCCUAUAUUCAUGCACAGGAUUAAAGCUGAUUUCUAGUCUUUUCUUUCCUGGUCUGUUACUUUUUUCUACGGUACAGUAGAAAAAAGAUCCAAGGUGCAGUGCUAGAGGAGGACUCUUUGAGAAGACAUUCUGCCUCCGGUUGUCCUGGUUAAAUGAGGAAAAAGAAUAGCCAGGACCCAUUUUAUAAAUGGGUGAAACCCAGAGGUAUUGCAUGUGCCCAGCAUCUGGAGAAACUGUAAAAAGAUUAUUGUCCAAUAAAGUUUCAUUAUCUCUUGGCAUUAUGUUGCCCUGAAUGCAGAUUGAACAAGAUUUGUGGCUGUCUUACAUUCUGUGCAACAGAGAUGUUCAGCACUGCAUAAUGUCCCUUGGAAAAGGAGGUCACUCUUCACAAAUCCUAGUUUUUUAUAGAAUUUAGGACCAGCUGGAUAUGGAUUAGAAAGCUAUGGCUGGAGUUCUUUCUGCCCAGCCAGCCCCAACAAAUCAGCUUCUGUUCCACUGCUUUGUCCAACAUGGUUACAUUUUUUUAGGCCUAUUCAGUAAAUUCUGUCUGUUAGAAGCCAGUAUAGGAUUCUGGUUUGCAGUCACAGAACAUGGCAAGCUCAGCUUAUGGCUUGUCAUGACUGCACAAAGUCUCAUCUGCUCAACAUUGCUUUUGAGGAACUGGCAUUGGGUUGUUUCACACUUAGUGUGGCAUCUGCUUUCAGUGUUGGCCAAAUGUCACAUUACAUGCCUACCAACUCAUAGGUGGCAUGGAGACAGUGGUUAUGAGCUUGUACCUAGGCCUGGUUUUCCAUAUCGUACACAUACUUUGAUAUCACUUUGCUUUUAAUUACAGUUUAUAUUGCAUUGUUAAGAGGGCACUGCAGAGCUUCAGAAAUAAAUUAGAAAUGAUGCUUCAGAGAAUGCAGAAUCAUGACCAUAGCAGUUACUGCAGCUCUUUAAAGCAGCUGUGUCUUGUUCUGGAAUAAGGUACAGGUUUCCCUCUGCAGCUAUCACAUUGCUGUGGGAAAAGACAUAGCUGCUUUAAAGAGUUGCAGAUGGUUGUUAGGUCUGUGGCCUCUCACACUCAAAGCACUUCUCUGAAUCUGAAGCAUUACACAGACCUGUUUACUCUGUGAUAUUGGCUCAUGCCUUUCAAAUGCCCCCCAUGAAACAUGGAAAUGAUAUUCCCAUUAUUUGCAUGCAUUCAGAUAUUGUUAAAAAAGUAGAGAACUUGGAAUGGUGAGCUAGUUUGGCUCUAUAGAUUGGCUGAUCAUGUGAGAACAGAAUGUUCCAAGGAACAAUCGUUUAAGGGCCUUUAUUCUUCAUUGUUGGAAUACAUCAAAACAAAUAAAUGACACUGGUUCCAUCUUUUUCUUUCCAGCUAAUGCUUCCUUGCAUCUUAUUUUUUCCUUGUGGUCGGAGAUAGCUUGAAAUUGGCCAAGAGUGAAAUGUUUCAUGAAUGCCUGCACACUUUGGCACAUGCUCUCCCAUUCAGCUUUGGGAUAUCCCUAAUCUGUUGAUGCACAACUUCUUCCCACCUUGUAAAAAGACUACAAACCACAAAUAUUUGAAUAUACAAACCACAAAGCACGGAGAGAGUGAAUAUAUCUCGUAUAUCAUGCUAGCAUGUUGAUGACAGAGAUACUGGGAGAACAGUGAAAGACCCAGCAAGAUGUUGGCUAAUCACUGAAAGCAAAAAAAGAGGCCAAUGAUUAAUGUGGAUACAAAGCUUAAUAGCAAGGUUAGUAAACAGAUCACAGCACGUGAUCUUGUUCGUUAUUAAGAAUGAUCAAGCAGGGUUUAUCAAAGCUGGGCAAGUAGCAGACC